CAUGACGUCAUUUACUUUGGUAGCGAGCGACGUGACAGAGACGCGCUCGCUUAUAUUUCAACAGUUUUAUAACGUGUUUGACUCGUGUAUAGUUCAUUUCUCGUAGCCUGUUGUCACUUGAAUGAAUGAUGGUGGGUUUUUUAGAUCCUGGGCACUUAAAAUCAUACCAAGGAAUCCUCAAGAUCGUUCAACUCGUGAUUCUCGUUGUCGCGUUCGCGUGCGUUCACAGCACAUGGUACAACAGCAUUUAUGCCUAUGGUUUCUUUGAAGGGGUCACACUGGGUUACUCUGUGGCAAUCGCACUUUUCUUAUUACUCACGGUUUUUGGAGCUCCGAAAAGAAUAGAGUUUGUGAAGUGGACUGUAGUUGAGUUUGUAUUGGAUAUACUGGGAUUCGUUUUUGUCACCACUGGUUCCAUUGUAGCAGCUGUAAAAUCUUGUGAAGUUCCCAUUUUAGUUGCAGCUUCGGUUUGUGGUUUACUUGUGUCGUAUCUUAUAGCAGGAAGUGUAAUGUUCUCAUAUUUUGCCACCCGCCAUUCAAAACCUGAAAAUCAACCAGUAUAAAGAAAUCUUCAAGAUGGUUCAGAAAUGUAUGAAAUAUUCUGAAUUAUUCAAGUUUCAAACUAAAGGGUGCUAAGGAAAUAAAUUGAGGUCAAAUUCUUUGUGGCUGUAUGUAGGUAAACAACUUGUGUGUCUUUAAAUCUAAUUAAGUAAGUGUUACUUGUGAUUUAAAGGUCUACAUCGCAUUUCUAAUAUAAAUCUAAACAUUGCACUUUUCAUACACUGAAAUACAACAAUUUGCACAUAUCACAUUUACAUAUAUCUUAAAACUUGCCUGUGGGUCAUAACAAUUCUGAAAUGUAUUUUGUCGUGUCUUUCCAAAAUCUUGUAUCGCCAUAGGCUAUUAUGUGAUUUUUUUUGUCAUAAAUCAUUAUAAUGGGUCACCCUUUAUAUUUUUCAGUGAAUUUUGCAAUUAUUUAACAGAUAAAAAGUGCUUGUCAACUUAGACAACACAAUAAGUAAUCAUUUAAAAAAAUACACUUUUUCCAAUUUCUUGAAAAAGAGUGAAUUUGUGCAUACAGGCUUUCAGAAGGACAUUGAUGAUUUGUUAGUCUAGUAUUUAUUUGUGUUACUAAAAUGUUAUUUUUUAUAUAUUCUCAUUCUUCUGGUUGGUUCUGUAUUUAAGACAACAUAUUAAGAAAUAAAAACCUGACAAUUUGUGAAA